AUGCUUUCUUUGAAAUCGUCGUUGCUUCCGCUUUCGUUGCUCUUGAAUGCGAUCCUGCUCUCCGUCUACUUGCUCCACCGCGGGGGAAGAGCGAGGAACGAGCUCCUUCAGGGCUCGCUGUCGACGCCUCGACAGGAUAGCAGACAUGCGAAACGAACUGAGCUGGCAGACAUGUACACAGCUCCCUUCCAUGUCGUCAAGAGCAUUAUCGACAAUGCGCUAGCAAUGGACGAGGAGAAGAAAAGCAAUGAGGAGAAAUACACACGAAAACAUGUUCCGCUUGCGGAUGCCAGCAAAGCCUCGCACAAUCUUCAGCUCCUUUCCCAUCCUGUCGACUCUGAGCUCAACGCCUUCUUCGAUCCAAGCCUCGAUGCUUUCGUGAACCCCAUGUUGCUCAAGGAUCUCAAGAUUAUGAAUGCCCUCCAGCAAGAACGUGUAAUGCGCCUGGACUGCAGCGAUAGUCUGAUGGACGCUGGGUCCAACGGGGCUCGACCGGAUCGUCUCUGGAGCAAGAAUCGACCACUCACGGGUUACCCUGAUCCUUGUGGACCGGGAGAUCCUUGCAGGGAUCCUUGCGCUUACCAGCCAUGCAACGUCGGCGAGACUUUCGUCGUUGAAUGUCCUCCUGGAUGCGCAGUCCGAGCGGGGAUGGUGAUAGGAGGAGGAACUGUUGACAAUCCUUUCAUGGAUGCUUCCUCAAUUUGCUCUGCUGCCCUCACUGCUGGGGUCGGACGGGAGGAUGGGAGCUCUUUAAUCACGUUGCGCGUCGUUCCAGCUGUGCGAGAGUACGCUGGGGUGCGAGGAGGUCGGAACUGUUGGAGGAAGAGGAGAGGCAGUAACGGGGACGCAGGGGCGAGGAGCGUGACAUCCAUCGACUACGUUUGGAGAAACUGGAGCCUCGCAGACGACCCGCAGGUGCAGGAGAAGUUUGAGUCUCCCGAAUUCGCGUGCUGUGAGGGACGUGGGGGCCGUGCCACAAGCAAACUGGGCGACUACACGCCGAUCGCGAAGUUUCGUCAAGGAUGGGGAGGCGUCGCGUGGUAUGGAGUAAGAGGCUUCGUGCUAGAGGGAGCCGAGGACGAGACGCGUAGUGCUUUCCCUGGGAGAGACUCAAAGAAGCUGGAGAAGCUGCUGGAGCGGGAGGGGCAGACUGAGAGCAUGCUGUCAGUCGACGGCACGCGAGGGUCUCACAGCAUCGCUAAGGGAGCUGCGGGAGUGCAUGGCGGGGGCGUGUGGAAGGCGAUGACGGUCGAGGUCUGGGUGAAAGACAAGCUGAUGCGCGAGGAAGGAACAUACCUCAAGUCGUCGGGCUCUGCUGGGUUCUUCCUGGGGACUGUAGACAAGCAAUUUGCGUGGGGGGUGGGAGUGGGAGGCGAAGGCAAAGAAAUGGAUUUCGUGCUGGCCCCCGACUGGCUGACGCAGCCGAACGAGGGGAAGUGGAUCCACCUGGCGGGGACGUAUGACGAGGAGGAUGGGAUGAAACUCUUCAUCGACGGCUUGUUUGUGGGCUGCAGCAAGACUCUUUCUGGCCCCAUCUCCAUCCCAGCUGACUCCCUCGACAUCUUUGCUGGAGGCCAGCCGGGCAGCGUCUCGCUGCUGGGAGACCUCAACGAGGUACGCGUGUGGUCGGUGGCGAGGCAGCAGGACGAGAUCUUUGCGGGCAUGCACAAGACGCUGCAGGAAGUUUUCCUUGGUCCAUUCCCAGCUGGCCUUGAGCUGUACUGGAGGUUCGACUUCGACCCCAAGGCUUGUCAGCUGGACUGGCUGCCGUGCGGGGAGACUUGCGAUGAAGUUCGCGCGUAUCGCAUGGACCUGGUGAAGGGCAGCAGCUUUGCUCCCUCAUCCUCCCUCGAGAUCGAGAUGCUGACUGACGCCAAGGGCUGCCGCGCUUGCCCGCCAUACCCGUCCGUCGACUUUGCGCGUGUCUCGCCCUCCGGCAACGUUGCUGUGCUUGAGAACGUCACCAUCGCAUGUGAGCCUCUGUGCCUGGAGGAGGCGGAUGCGGAUGGAGGAAGCCGCUAUCCUGUCUGCCAAUGGGACAUGACCUACACGCCUGGCAUCCGCUGCAUCCCCCUCUGCCCUCCUCUCAACCCUGUUCCUCAUGGCGUCCUCUCCUCUUCUGAGCUUGUCAGGUCAGGGACGAAAGUCACGCUGACAUGCAAGGAAGGCUACGAGCUGGAGCAGGGAGGCAUCAGCGAAGCUCAAUGCCUUGACACGCAUAAGUUUACCUACGCCUCUCUUGGCCCAUGCGUAGGCCUCUGUCCUCCUUAUCCUCCUGUGCCCAACGCCCAAAUUAUCCGGAGCUCAACUCGCCAUCCUGUUUCGAAGAUGAACAAUAUCGGAGAUCAGGUGAAGAUCGUGUGCGACCAAGACUAUGUGCUGUCUUUUGACUCGAAGGAGGUCGCGACGUGCCUUGAGGGAGGCAUCUACGACUUCUCCUCCCCGCAGUGUCUUCCUGUCUGUCAUCCAUACCCGUCCGUCCCAAACGGCCUCGUCUCCAUCACAGGACCGACAGUCCUAGGCGAUGUCGUCGAGAUUUCAUGCACAAAGGCAGGGUACGUGCUUGAGAACGCUGAGGACGCGACCGCUACCUGUGGUGCUGAUCACAAUUAUGACCAUCCACAAGCGAGGUGUGUAGCUGCAUGUCCAGCCUACCCGGCGGUGGAUCACGGGAGGGUGCUGGUGAACGGGGAAGAAGGACGCGACCUGAGCAACAUCAGGGAGGGGGACAGCCUGCAAGUGGUUUGUGAUGAUGGAUACGAGCUGGGCGAGUACAGUCAAGCAUCCCCUACCGCCAAGUGUAUCGCAACAGCAAAGGGAGGAGAUUACGACCCUCCGCACUGCCGCCCGGGACUCGCUGCUGCUCCCCCUUACGGCUACAGCAACUGCCAGCCUGCGGUCUGCGUUGAGAUCCCCAAACCCCCAGCUCCUCCUCCACCGCCUCCUCCUCCUCCUCCUCCUCCUUCGCCGCUCGACACAGGGGCGUCGCCCUCGAGCUCCGGGGAAGGAUCUCCUUCCUGGCUCCUCAACUUGGAAUGCGCCAAAUGGCGAGACUCAGCCGACACGAUGACGUCAAGUGAUCAAGAGAAAACUUUAUCAAAGUGCAUGGCGCAAGACUGCGUGCAGAGUCUUGAGAGCGCGGCGGGUCAACAAUCGUACGAGGGGUGCAGAUUUGUGGAUGUCAACGGGUUCUGUUACGCGUCUAUGGCAGCCCAGGAAUAUUGUACAAGCCAUCCGGAAGACACUGGCUGCAACGAUGGAGGGUCCAGCUGGGCUUAUGGUCCCCUUGGUAACUAUCAGGGAGGAGGAGCAACCGGCUGGACCCCAGCAGCGCACAUCCCAUACAAGGGAGAUGCAGCGAGCAUGGGCUUCCAGUCCUGCUCCUGCAUGAAGAACUGCGCUUGUAGUGGAACCAAGUGCUUCUGCGUGAAUGAGAAGGAGGCGCCAGUUGGAGAAGGAAGUUUCGUUCCCAGCAAGAUCAUCCAGGGCGACAAGACGGGCCAGUGCUCCUGUUUCUGCUCGCAAGCGGCGGUGAAAGAUACGACGAGCAGCGACGUCACGACGGCAAGCUCGGGCAAUUCAGGCGUAGUAGCUUCCUCCACCUCCGAUGCUCCAGCGAUCAAUGGCGGGAUUGAUACAAACUCCAUACCUUCUCCCCCUGCUCCUCCCCCUCCUCCCUCUCCCCCUCCCUCCUCGCCUCCCUCCCCGCCUCCCUCCCCACCUCCUCCAGCUGUCACUCAAGAAGACGCCAUCGCAAACAGCAUCUGCAAGCUCGAUGACAACGGAGUCUGCAAGUCGCUGCUCAACAUCAGGUGCAGCGACUGGCGAGACCUUGCAGACUCGUGGGUGCCGGACAAGCAGAAACAGUACUAUGCCAAGAUCUGGUGCUCAACCGCAGGCUUGGGGUCCUCGUACUGUAACGAUGGGGGGAAGAAGUGGGCCUUGGCUCCUCUAGGGACCGCAAAGGCUCAGCCAACAGCAUGGCGGCCGCACAAGAAUGUGGGGAUUCGAGGAGGGUUCGAGGAUACGCCCUACUCGUGCUCAUGCAUGAAGAAUUGCUCCUGUUCCAAAAACACUAAACCUGGGAAAGGAACUUGCCAGUGUGUCAGUACAGACGAGAAGGAGACAGGCCCUGCCAGCUACUACAAUGAUCUCAAGAAGAUCUACGAGAACUCUAACAGCGCCGGGACAUGUCACUGCACAUGCGGAGGCGUUGAGAGCACUUAG